UUUUCCCACAAAAAAAUUUUUUUUUUUUGAAAUUCCCUCUAUUAUAGGAAAAAAAAGAUAUAUUUUAUCGUCUAUUAACGUUAAUAAUAUAAACUAUCGAUCAUGGAUACUCAGCCUAUUAUGAAUACUGAUAAUAUUAUUAGUAAUGAUAAUAUAUUGAAUGAUAGUAAGGAAAACGCUCAACCUACAAUUGAACAACACCACCAGCAUCCAACAAUGGAACCAACAAAAGAAACGCAAAAAGAGCUUAUUGAAGAAGCUACUAAUAAGUUGGUGGAGAAGAUCAAGGAAGUCACCGCAAAUCCUUCAACACAGAAUGAUAAAGAUCAUGUUGAGAAGAAGAGACAAGCUAAAAAUAUCGAAAAUCCCUUCAAAAAUUUAACUCACAGAGUCACUCAACUUGUCUAUUGGGAGAAUCCUACACAUUCCGGUGCUAUAUUGGCAGCUAGUUUAUCAUUCUUGAUCUUCACUGCCUACUAUUCCUUGUUCAAUACAUUCUUUGCCUUAGCUGCUAUUUUGAUAGGAGUGAAUUGGAUUUACGUAAUGGGUUUCAAACAGUUCCAGUCUUUAAUCAACCAAAAACCUGUCAAUCCACAUGAGCACUUAUUGGUAAACAAGCCAUGGUAUAUUGAACGCGAAGAUGCAGAAAAAUAUUUAGAUUCAAUAAUCGACACUGCCAACUUCGUACUGUUGGAAGCUCAGAAGAUUGCUUUGGUUGAUGACCCAAUGAGAACUAUGAGGCACGUUGUUAUGUUCUACAUAUUAUGGACUUUGGGCACUUGGAUUAGUUUCCGAACGCUCUUUGGAAUUGGCCUUAUUCUUAGUUUCUCUACCCCAAUAACGUAUCAGAAAAAUAAAGAGUUUGUUGAUGAAAAAUUAUAUCAAUUUAACAAGUUUUUGCGUUCUCAUUUUGACCGUGGUCUUACUAUGGCUAAACAACAUAGUGGAGGAGUUUAUGAGAAGGCUAAAUCUUUUGCUGUAACAAAAGGUCUUGUUAAUGAUGACAAGACUGCCAAAAAAGAAGAAUAGAAGUUGUUAUGUUAUUUUGAAUUAUAAGCAUUAAAGCUUGAGAGAAUUGUCAUCCGGAAAUAUAUAAUAUUACAUUACAAUAUAUUCUGUAAAUAAUCCAUUCGUAUUCUCUUAACAUUUUUAAUGCUCAUAAUUAUUUUUUAAAAUAUGCAAUUAUGUUCACUAUAAUAUUAUGCGGUUAUUGCAAUUUUUUUUUUUUUAAAACAAAUAAAAGUUUUUUUUCCAACCCGUGUCACGUAAUUAUCAUAUAUUUUUUUUUCUCCAGUCAUUUGCUCGUUAGUCGUUACGUAAACUGAUUU